GCGUGUGCUGUUAACAGAGAAAAUGGCCGAAGUUGUAGAGCUCCAGAAGCUGAAGUUGGCUGAGCUGAAGCAGGAGUGUGCAGCCCGGGGACUGGAAGCCAAGGGUAAUAAAGCAGACCUGAUAGCCCGGUUGCAGGCCUACCUUGAAGAGCAUGAUGAAGAGGUUAAUGAAGAAGAAGUCUUGGGUGAUUUGGACGAGGAGAGUUUCUCCAAAGAGGGUUCACCAACCAAGCCUGUGAAAAAGGCUUCAACAUCAGACACUGAGUCUCCAGAGAAGAAAGUGGUCAAAAUCUCUGUGCCAGACCCUGUUGGUGCGAAGCUGCAGAAGCGAGCCGAGCGCUUCAACAUCCCUCCCACACCAGAGACCAAGAAGGCUGCUCGCGCUGCCAGGUUUGGUAUGCCUGCUACAGCCGCAGCUCCCUCUCAAGGGGCCGCCUCUAUCAGCGCCAAAACCCCCGUCAGCGUGGAGGUCCUGAAGAAGAGAGCGGAACGAUUUGGAAUGAACGUGUCCUCUAUCUCCAAGAAGGUUGAGGAGGAUGAGAAGUUGAAAAAGAGGAAGGAGCGCUUUGGUGCCCUGACAGGUGGGACUGCGGCUGCGGCUGGGGCUGCGGCUGGGGCUGGGGCUGAUGCGGUGGUGGGCAGCGAAGAGGCCGAGGCCAAGAAAAGGAAGCGGGCAGAGCGAUUUGGAGGAAACGUAUGAAGUCCGACUGAACUUUUUUAACUUUAUAAAAAGUUCUUUUAUUUUUGUAUUUUUUAAAAUGUAGGUAGGCGUGUUUCUCAGUACUGAAGAAUGCUUUAUGUGUUAAUUCUGUGCGUUGGGUUGUAAAUUAAACUUAUCCUCAGUAUAUUUUGUGCUUAUAUCACAUCAUGCCUUGUUUUUUUCACACUUCUUUUGUAAUCUGUUGAAGAUGUAUAUGCCAGGUUAUUACAAGUAUUGUUCAGGUGUACUUUACAUCUUACAGUAUGUGGUUUGUGCUCCAUCCAUUGAAUAAUUUCAAUCACCCAUUAUUAAAUUUUGAUACACUUUAAAGUAA